AUGUCAUCCACUGCUAUCGCCGAGAUCUCUCGGUCAGAUCUCCGUAGCUUACCUGAUGCCCCGACUACUGCGUCGAUCUCAAACGCCAAGCAUUUGUCCUCUUAUAAUUGGAUCGAAGCCCCUACACCAACUAUUGCCGUUCCCGGCAGUCCGGCACUUUGGGCCGCUCCUAAAACUGCUCAGAAGUUGAAGCAAGAUUCCGGACUCAUAUACAUUGCACAGAAUGCGGCUCGUCACCCAGAUAGUCCACUGGAGCCAUUAUUUCGUGCUCUAUAUAUCACGAAUCCCUCGUUCGACAUCAACUCUAUCGAUGUUGUGACUGAUCGGAACAACAUCCGCAAACUCCUUAGUUUCAUCGAACCCAGUAUGUCGAAGAAUGGCCUUGAAGAAUUCACCAUCGGCGUGGAAACCGUGGGGAAUACCGUCAUAUUCUCUCGCGAUGAGGCCAAAACUCAGGAGAUCAUUCGUCCACACGAGUUCAGGGGCUUUGGUCACGAAUUCGAAAAAGCGUAUACAACCGACAAGGUCAAAGACAGUACUGGCCAUCAUCGAAUAAUCUCAUAUAGCUUUGGUGGCUUGAACCUCAUUGUGCGCUAUGAGACGGAUGGGUACGUAGGUACCAAUAGCAUGCCGUCUUCCAGUAGCAAAGGACAGGCACCCGCGGAUUUAUCCAGCAUACUAGAGUCCUUAUCCCUAGGGCCAUCUUCCAAACCUCCUGCCGUCGAUCCGAAGGGAUCCAAAUUGACCAUUAAAGAAAAUGGUCAGAUGGUUACUCAAGGCUCAACUCUCGAAAUCAAGACUCGCGUCUCCCAUAAACCGAUUGAGAUCCGCGAAGUCGCACCACAGCUUUGGGCUUCCCAGACCCCAAGACUCGUCCGGGCUUAUCACCAACGAGGAGUAUUUCGGCCGCCAGUGGUGGAGGAUGUAUCCGCUCAGGUCAAAAGAUGGGAAUUGGACAAUCAGAUACACCUUAGACGCCUUGUGGCGCUAAUUCGCAAGAUUAUGAGCCUAGCGAGAAGUCGCAAUGGAAGCGUUGUGCUCAAAUAUGACCCGACGCGGGACAAGUUGGUUGUGCGGGAAGUACAUCGGAAGAAAAUGCUGCCUGAGGACUUAUAUGCUAAGUGGAAUGACGGCAAGACCGUUACGGAAGCUCUGAAUGGAUUGGAGGUUUGA